CAAAAAAGUUCACACUUCACAAUCUUUGCUGACACUUCUGCAAGCAUGGCCUAUCUGCACUCUCCAAGUCUAACCACACUUAAACACAACCCUAAGCCUGCAUGCUUCCCUCCUUCAAAACCCUCUUCACUUCACAAUCUCUGCUGCUUCACAACCCAACUCAGAAGCUCCCCUCACAGAUGCAAUGCAUUGUUUGGUGAAAUCCCCGAAAAUCUUCUGGAAACUACCCUCCAUUUGGACCAAUUUCCUCCUCUGCAACAUGGUUUCAUGCAGUUUGAGAGAAUUACAGAGGAGUUGUCAGAAACACAGAAAUGGGGUUUCCUUGUUUUUGCCGGGAUUACUUGGAUAUACUUGACCGUGAGGCCGGGGAUUCUCAUUAGCGCCAUUGAUGCAUACCUUCUUGCUCCUCUGAAGUUGGGGUUGGAUAGUUUGACUGGGAGGAGGAGGUUGAAGAGGACGGGUUUUGUGAUCAGGGAAAAAUUGGGAGAAGGGUCUUUUGGUGUGGUUUAUUCCGGGGCAGUUGCUCCGAAGAAUGUGAAUGUCGAGGAGAAUCUGCAGAGGAGAGGAAGGGGGAGGGCUCCACAGUUGGAUGAGAGGUUUAAGGAGAAGGUCAUCCUCAAGAAGACGUUGAAUCCGUGACAGGGAAACCAAAACCUUGAUGAUUACAUGAAAGAUAGGAAAUUCCCUUUUAACUUAGAGUCUGUCAUGUUUGGACGUGUCCUGCAAGAUGUAGACUCCGUCAAACGCAGUGCAUUGAUCAUCAAGCAAAUAAUGCGUCAAAUUAUUACUUCGCUCAAGAAAAUCCAUGACACGGGCAUUGUUCAUCGGGAUGUAAAGCCAGCAAACUUAGUAGUGAC